AGAUUUUGUUUAUUUAUAUAUAAAAUACAUAAUAUAAAGGAGAAAAUAAAAAUGUGAAAUCGUCAUCUUAUGAGAGCAAAAUGAUUAAGAGUCACUCAUAAUAGUUGAACGAAUUAUAUAUUUCUAUUAGAGUGAUGCCAAAGACAAAAACAUCAGGCACAGCUCUAAUUAUAUUAAAAAACAAACAAAUACAAGUAUACUAUGUACUAACCAACAAUUGUAAGUGUUAUAUAAUAUUUCUUUACCAAGUUGUUCAAAACCAGCUAGCUAGUCUUUAACCCUUUUACACCCUCCAAAUCUUCCACAAUCUCACAAUUGUUAGACCCUUUUUCUUUCUCUUCCCAAAAUGGUUGUAAGAACAUCAUUUUUGAUCUUAUUAGCCUUUCAAGUUUUUCUCUUGUUAUCUUUUAGAGCCAAAGCCAAGUGUAAAACUGGCUGCAACCUUGCUUUGGCCUCAUAUUUUGUUUGGGAAGGAUCUAAUUUGAGUUAUAUCAGCACCAUAUUUGGUCAAAAUUUCACUGAGAUACUUAGAUACAAUCCUCAGGUACCCAACAAAGACAGCAUCAUUACAGGCACCAGAAUCAAUGUACCCUUCUCUUGUGAGUGCUUAAAUACUGAUUUUUUGGGUCAUACUUUCACAUACAAGACACAGUUUGGGGACACAUAUGACAAAGUUGCUGAAAUUGCUUUUGCUAAUCUCACCACUGAGGAUUGGGUGCACAGAGUGAACAGGUAUAAACCAACUAGGAUACCAGCUGGUUCUCCAAUCAAUGUAACCGUCAACUGCACAUGCGGUGAUAGACACGUGUCAAAGGAUUACGGGCUGUUUGCCACGUACCCUCUUCGGUCGGAAGAUAACUUGUCCUCCGUGGCAGCGGUGGCCGGCGUUCCACCCGAGUUGCUUGAGCUGUACAACCCGGGGCAGAGCUUUAGUGCAGGGAAUGGCAUUGUUUUUGUGCCUACAAAAGAUGGAGAAGGAAACUUUCGGCCACUCAAGUCAAGUAUCAUCAAUGAAGCAGGAAUUUCACGUAGAGACAUAGCAGGCAUAUCUGUUGCGGCCAUUGCUGGGACAACACUAGUGGCAUUUGGUAUAUACUUUGGGGUACUUCACUACAAAAGGAACAACAAGUUAGUGGAGCCCUUAACUCUGCUACCGGUUGCAUCUGAUCAAGACCAUGGCUGUGGUGGAAGCUGUAGUAGUUCAAAGCAGACAAUAUCAGCAUUAUCGGUUGGGAGUACUAGUACAGGUAUUACUGUGGAGAAAUCAGUUGAAUUCUCAUACCAAGAACUUGCCAAGGCUACUAAUGACUUUAGCUUGGAUAACAAGAUUGGCCAAGGUGGUUUUGGCUCUGUUUACUAUGCAGAGCUUAGAGGAGAGAAAGCGGCAUUGAAGAAGAUGGAUAUGCAAGCUUCAAAUGAAUUUCUUGCUGAACUCAGGAUUCUAACUCAUGUUCAUCAUUUGAAUCUGGUGCGGUUGAUAGGUUUUUGUGUGGAGGGCUCCUUAUUCUUAGUUUAUGAGUACAUUGAAAAUGGGAAUUUGAGUCAGCAUUUGCGUGGAUCAGGUAGAGACCCGUUGACAUGGUCAAGUCGAGUCCAAAUAGCAUUGGAUUCAGCUAGAGGACUUGAAUAUAUCCAUGAACACACUGUGCCUCUCUACAUCCACCGUGAUAUUAAGUCACCAAACAUUUUAAUAGACAAAAACUUCCGUGGAAAGGUUGCAGAUUUUGGACUUACAAAAUUGACUGAAUAUGGGAGUACUUCAUUGCAGACACGUCUUGUGGGUACAUUUGGAUAUAUGCCCCCUGAAUAUGCUCAGUAUGGUGAUGUCUCCCCAAAAGUAGAUGUUUAUGCUUUUGGAGUUGUCCUUUAUGAGCUUAUAUCAGCCAAAGAAGCUGUAGUCAGGACCAAAGAAUCUCCUACUUCCACCGAAUCAAAGGCACUUGUUGCUUUGUUUGAAGAUGUUCUUACUCAGCCUGAUCCCAAAGAAGAUCUCAUCAAAUUAAUUGACCCUAGGCUCGGCCAAAACUACCCAUUUGACUCGGUUUUGAAGAUGGCACAGCUUGCGAAAGCUUGUACACAUGAUAGUCCUCAACUUAGGCCAAGCAUGAGGUCAAUAGUGGUUGCACUAAUGACACUUACAUCUACAACUGAGGAUUGGGAUGUUGGUUCCUUCUACGAAAAUCAAGCUUUAACCAAUCUAAUGACAGGAAGGUAGUACGUACUAGCAUAUAGUAUGUAGCAAAGCCAAUUCUUGAGUCAUUCCAUACUUUGUUAUUUUUAAAAUUAUGUUUUUAUUUUUUGACAAGUGAUAUCAUCUCACACUAUUUAACUUUUUCUUGAUUUUGGGAAUACCAAUGCAUAUCAUUUUGUAGAUAAGUGAUCAUAUGGGAUUUUCAUUACAAUAUUCUUUUUAUUGAGAGAGGAUGUGCGUACAAUAACAAUUGUAACAAUUAGACUACUCGACCGGCCCAUUUAUCUAAUUAUAGUACAAAAUUCUCACA